CAAUUUUCGCGCCGAGCUCGGAUGGGUUGAACUUCAACUCUGUUUGCGUAAUCUAAGAUCUGAUUUCCUCAUCUUUUCCCAAUUUGGAUUGAAUCCAGCUUUCUAUCGAACCCAUUUUAACUGAUCUCAUGUGAUUUUGGGAGCUGUUUAGAUCGACUGAGUGAGAACGUGCAGAAAUUCUGGACCAGUCCCCGGCCCCGAGAGAACUCUCAAGAAUCAACACAUCAACAUUACAUGUAGUUUGCUCGGAGUUACAAGAUGGCUACUGCCUCGGCUUCUGAUGCAUCUGAUCUUGUGAAGACAUCUCUCUCUGGCUUUGUUACUUGUCAUAUUCCUGAAGCUUCACUUGAGUUUAUUGACGAUAUUGUCCUAUCCUACAUGCUGGGUGUGCUUGAAGAUCUUGGUAGUGAUGAUGGAUUUGAGGUUGAGGGUUUCGUAGAGAUGAUGCAGGCAUAUAUUCCUGGAUUUGAGGAUGUCAGCAGUGACAAGAUAUGUGAAUGGGUUUUCAAGCUGGCCAAUGAGCUUUCAGAGUCCAAAGAAAAAGAAAAUGAACCUCCUUGUGAUGCGCUGUCUGAGAUGAUUUCGUGUAACCUGCCUUCUCAUGCUGGAACAACAAAGAGGACAACACCAUUGGCUGUUAAAGGAGGUCAAAGGUCACCAAGGUCAAGUCCUUGCUCUGACAAGCAAGAGGUCGGGGAGAGUGGAGACGAUGAAGAUGCCCAAGUCAGGCAGCUCCUGGAGAUGUUCCCCGCUUCCUGUUCUCUAGAGGCUCGCCGUUGCCUAACUACGGCCAAAGGUCAGAUGGAAGAUGCGGUCCAGCUCAUGCUGGUCGAGAUGGAGAAGGCUGAUCAAGCUCCGACAGUAACCAAAGAUGAGUGGAGAAUGAAGAAAGCCCAUCAAGAUGACAAAGCGGUUAGAAAUUCAAUCCUUCAGAAGUAUGGAUUUGUUGACGUCAAGGAUGACACAGUAACCCACAGACCGGUAGCUCCCAAACAGGAGAAGAAAAAGAUGGUCAGAUACCUGAAUAAUCAAGUUUGUUCAACAAAAGGAGAACGCUUUAUCGAGACUAAAAAGCCAAUGACGGAAGAGAUGAAGAAAACGUAUAUCAAUCUCAAGCCUGCACGCAGUUACCAUUUUCACUAGUACUUGUUCAGACUCACCAUAAAUGAAAAACUCAUUCUUUAGUUUAGGAAGCCAAUUUCAUGAAGUAAAUGUUAGAUGGAGCUACCAUUUCCGUCAGUGCUUGUUUUCCCUGUAACAAAAACAAUUCACCUUUUGUAGUUCAAAAAGCCAAUGAUGGAAAGAAUGAGGAAAACAUACAAUCUGAAAUUUUUAGGCCUACAAAGGGUUCAAUGUCAAUUUUCCAGUUCAAACGUUUAGCACAUGAAUCAUGAUUGAAAACGCAAAGUACAAAAUGCAGAUAUAAUGUGAAACUAAGGGUGUGUUCAAUGUCCUUCAUUUCCAGUCGUGAAAGUAAACAUCUUUCAGAUUGCGUUUCGGAGGAAAGUGUGAUCAGCUCAUAUUUUACAACCUUCAGGGUUGCGAAUGCAACCAUAUGCAACACUGAACACGAUUGAGUUUUAAAAUGUCUUUAAAUUUACUUUCGCAGUGGAAGCAUGCGCAGGAAUUGACCUUUCUUGUGAUGGGUCAAACUGCGCAGCAAGCUGUGCUAGCGAGAGCAGGAAAUUGAAAGAUGAUUGACGGAUAAUCAGUUUUUACAUGAUGUAUAUUUUAGAAUUUCGACACUAAGGGGUCACCCCUGAUGGUGCAGGGUUCCCUUGGUCAUGGAAAAUCCUGGAAAAAUUUUGGGUCCUGGAAAGUCAGGGAAAAGUCAGGGAAUUUGGAAAAUUUGUGAAAAAGACAUGGAAAAGUCAUGGAAUGGCAUUUACCUCAUGGCUAUGGCAGCUAAUCGUUUUGUCGUGUCUCGCAAAGUUCUCUCAUACUGAUACUUCAUCAUCAUACUCUGCUAUUAUAAUUGGUGUUCAUAAUUUCCAUUUUUCCCAGUUUUGUGACAUCCCAAAUUCUACAAAACUCCUAGGACAUAGUUUGCCAAUCAGUCAAUGUAUUUGUAAUAUGUCACAUUUUGUAACCAGUUUUGCAUUCUUAGUUGUGUUUAGAGAAUUUAAAUUUCAAGUUUUGUACAAAUUUACUCAACAUUCAUAGCAAUUAGUUGACAUAUCAAGUCACAACUGAUCAAGCACUACCAGCAUGGCUAUCAGAACAAAAUACAUUCAACAGGUUCUGAAUCUCUUAGUUACACAAGAUGUUUCAAUUGCUAUUUUUGCGUCAAAUAAUGUGUCCUCUCUGGAAAAGUUACUUGAAAAUGAAGUUUAAUGAAAUACCAAAAUAGGCAUAAAAAAUUUCCAAUUUUCAAGAUAUCCUCAUUAUUUUUGGAGCAUAUAGAGAGAUACACUUGUUAAUUUAGCUGGUGUCCUCAAGUUGUAUGACAAAUGGCCUCAUAUUUUAGAACGUAGAGUGAAAUGUAGCAAAAUAUUGAGAAUUUUAGGACGAGGAUGUCUCUGUUAGCCUUUUUUUCAUGUCACCUUAUUGUAAAACUUAAAUGUCACUCUUUGUAAUAAUUGGCUCAUGUGUGACAUAUGUAAAGUGUUUCAUCUUCAUAUAAUUCAAAUUUGAAAACAGAAUUCCAUGACUUAUGUGGAAUUUUUUUAGUAAAGGUGAAUUCAGGAUCCUAAUUUCAAUAUGCCUGGAAAAUUUGACAUUUACAUCUAUUGUAUAGUUCACUUUUGUGACAAGAUCUGCAUGCUAUGCUCUGAAAAUUUGGAAAUAGUUCAUGGAAAUCUGUCAGUUCAAGAAAUUACAUGUUUGUGUUCAAGACAAUUUUGAAUCUUGAUGUUGGUGAAACGAAAAUGGUACUGUACCCUGGUCAGAAACAGACCAUAUACCAAAUGGUAAUACAUUAAGAUAUACAUGUCAUGAGUAAGGCAGUGGGUGGAAUGGAUUGCUGUGAGGGGAGCUUAUGGAGGCCAUCAUAAUGUGUCUGAUUUUGGAAACCAGAAAGCAAGUCAUGGAAAGCAGCAAUUUUAGUCAUGGAAAGGUCAUGGAAUUCUGUUUUCAAAUUUCUGUGGGAACCCUGUCUGUGUUUUGUAAUUGCAUUUUUCAAUCAUGAUUGAUAUUGCUUUUUAAAUUUGAAACCCAAUAUAGAACACACCCAGUGUUUGCAUUGGUGCUGGACCAGGUUCUUGGCAGGGAACAAUAUUAUUUUCAGUCACUUUUAAAGGAGAACAGCAAGUCACCUUAUGAUAUCAAGCUUGCGAGGAUUUACUAUUUCGUUAGUGUUUAUUCAGUCUUGCUGCAAAGAAUGAUUCGACUUAUAGUUUAAGAAACCUAAAAAAAACACUAUUACGAAGGGAUGAGAAAAAUUCCCAGCCAUGUUCACAGGAGAAUUGCCCCUUCCAUUUUCAACCCUUUCUCACCAGUCUGUAAAUAUGGAGAUAAUAUACAUUUUCAAAUAUAUAUUUACUCAUUCUCUGUCUAUUGGUAAUUUCUUUCAAAUUUUCACUUUUUUUCGAAACAAGAAAUUGUGCAAUUAUGUAUUAUCAAGUUUAUACUAACUAAUGUAUGCAUAUUUUUAUACCUUGUAAUAUUCCAUGAUGUAUAUAUGUACAUGCAUGUAAUGGAUU